GAGCAAUAAUUAACUGGAGGAGGAAGAGGAGGACGGGGGUGGAGGAAGACGAAGGAGGAAGGCACCGCGCGGCAGAGCCCAGCCGAGCCAGCGAGCGGCGGCGGGACGCGGCAACUUCGGCCGCAGCAGAGGAGCCGGGGCCGUGACCGCAGCGGUAGCCGUAGCCCGCGCCUGCCCUGCCCGAGGGGGGAGAGGCUCGCCGCCUCCCCGGCUGCCGGACAUGUCGGAGCAUAAGGCCGUCGAUCCCAAGUUAUCGACGACGGACAGGGUGGUGAAAGCUGUCCCAUUUCCUCCAAGCCACCGUCUCACAGCUAAGGAAGUGUUUGAUAAUGAUGGAAAACCUCGUGUGGAUAUCUUAAAGGCACACCUUAUGAAAGAAGGGAGACUGGAAGAGAGUGUCGCUUUGAGAAUAGUAACAGAGGGAGCUUCGAUUCUCCGCCAGGAAAAAAAUUUGCUGGACAUAGAUGCACCUGUCACAGUUUGUGGAGACAUCCAUGGUCAGUUCUUUGACUUGAUGAAACUGUUUGAAGUGGGAGGUUCUCCUGCCAACACAAGGUACCUCUUCCUGGGGGACUACGUGGACAGAGGGUACUUCAGCAUUGAAUGUGUGCUGUACUUGUGGGCCUUGAAAAUCCUUUACCCCAAAACACUGUUUUUACUUCGUGGGAACCAUGAAUGUAGACAUUUAACAGAGUAUUUCACAUUUAAGCAAGAAUGUAAAAUCAAAUAUUCAGAACGUGUAUAUGAUGCCUGCAUGGAUGCCUUCGACUGCCUUCCCUUGGCUGCUCUGAUGAACCAACAAUUCCUGUGUGUACAUGGUGGCUUGUCACCAGAGAUCAACACCUUAGAUGACAUCAGAAAAUUAGAUCGAUUCAAGGAACCACCUGCAUAUGGACCUAUGUGUGACAUCCUGUGGUCAGACCCAUUGGAGGACUUUGGAAAUGAGAAGACUCAGGAGCAUUUUACUCACAACACAGUCAGGGGGUGCUCGUAUUUCUACAGUUACCCUGCUGUAUGUGAAUUCCUACAGCACAAUAACUUGUUAUCCAUACUCCGAGCUCAUGAAGCCCAGGAUGCUGGGUAUCGUAUGUACAGGAAAAGCCAAACAACAGGCUUCCCUUCGCUAAUCACAAUUUUUUCAGCACCAAACUAUCUAGAUGUAUACAAUAACAAAGCUGCAGUAUUGAAAUACGAGAACAAUGUUAUGAAUAUCAGGCAGUUCAACUGCUCCCCUCAUCCAUACUGGCUUCCAAACUUCAUGGAUGUGUUUACCUGGUCCUUGCCAUUUGUUGGUGAGAAGGUGACAGAGAUGCUGGUAAACGUGCUGAAUAUCUGCUCAGAUGAUGAACUGGGAACAGAGGAAGAUGGAUUUGAUGAGUAUGUUCCUUCAUUCAAAAAGGGAGCAACAGCUGCUGCUCGAAAGGAGGUUAUAAGGAACAAGAUAAGAGCAAUAGGAAAAAUGGCUAGAGUUUUCUCAGUGUUAAGAGAAGAGAGUGAGAGUGUGCUGACGCUGAAAGGUUUGACUCCAACAGGAAUGCUGCCCAGUGGUGUGCUCUCUGGAGGAAAACAAACACUGCAAAGCGCUACUGUUGAGGCUAUUGAGGCUGAUGAAGCUAUCAAAGGAUUUUCACCCCAGCAUAAGAUCACUAGCUUCGAAGAGGCCAAAGGCUUAGAUCGAAUUAAUGAGCGAAUGCCUCCGCGCAGAGACGUGCCAUCUGAUGCCAACCUUAACUCCAUCAACAAGGCAAUCUCCACAGAGACUAAUGGCACGGACAGCAACGGCAGUAAUAGCAGCAAUAUCCAGUGACCACUGUCCGGGAGGGGGGUUGAGCUGCAGGGCGCGAUGGGGUUGCUGCACGUCAGCAGUGGGAUGUUCUUGCCUCUGAUGAUAGCUUACUUGCUCUGGGGGCCAGGUGUUGGAUUCAGUUUACA